AUGGUUAGGUCAAUAACAUGUAUGCUGGCAGUGUUAUCACCACUCAGCAUAACAGCCAUUGCAUCUCCUAUCCAACUAGCGCGCCGAGCAAUCCCAACCGAGUUACUUGAACGAUUUACCCUAUUCUCCCAAUUUGCCAGCCUAUCGGCCUGCGACCAAAACAUAAACCAUACGGGCCAAAGCCUGACCUGCGACUACGGAACCUGCGAACUUGUAGCAGCCGACAACACAACAGUGGUCAGUACAUUUCACAGCGACAAUGGGCCGACAGGCUACAUCGCCCUAGAUCACACACGGCAACUAAUCCUCCUAACAUUCCGCGGAACGGUAUCUGAAAGCGACGGCAACACCGAUCUUGAUAUCGUUCUCACCCCAAUUGAUCAGGUUUGCACCGGAUGCAAAGCCCAUCAUGGGUUCUGGGUAUACUGGACCGCUGUAGCGAAUCAGGUGACGUCCCAGCUUCGUGAUGCAACCAGCUCAUAUCCGGGAUAUAGGUUGAGUGUUGUUGGACAUAGUCUAGGUGGGGGUAUUGCGACGCUAGCAGGGACUACUCUCCGAACACAAGGGUUCAGUCUAGACAUUUGGACAUUCGGAGGCCCAAAACCAGGAAAUAUGAAACUGGCCGAGUUUAUCACCGACCAACAAAUAUCAAACAGUAUCUACCGAGCCACGCAUACUACAGAUCCCGUACCGAAAGUACCGCUCAAUCUGCUGUUCUUGGAUUGGAGCCAGCCCUCGCCUGAAUAUUGGAUUACUCAGGAGACUGGAGUGCAGGCCACCGCUGAUGGGGUACAAUAUGUUGAAGGGAUCAAUAGCAAUGCGGGAAAUGCUGGUUCAGAUCAUGAUUUGAGGUGGCCGAAUCCCGAACAUGGAUGGUAUUUUGGGAAUAUGAGUGUCUGCGCGACUCCGAUAGAUGCAUAG